ACUAGAAAGCGUGGUCAAACUAUAACUGUAGAAAAAUACAAUUUUGACAAAUUUAUGAUUGUAAUUGUCAUUGUAAAUUACGUUCAAAGACGAUUUUUCGUAGCAAUUACAUUCCAUGUGAUUCCGGACAUGUUAAGGUAGUUAGAAGUGCGUGGAAUAUCUUUGUCGUAGAAGCAGUGGAAAAAGUGGCGAAGAAUAAUCGAUGCACAAUUAAUGAAAGUUCGAAGAGAAGUCUCGUGAGGCCUGCGGCACGUACGCUUUGCAGGAGGUACCCGAGUGGUUGGUAACAGAGACGCUUAGUGGAUGAAUACGGUCCUGCGCGAUCCCCUCCACCUUCCUCAUCCCGCUAUACGACCAGUCAGUUCCUUGUUUGCCAUACAAAAUCCAAUAGUUUGCCUUGUACCUCGAGAGAGUGCGAGUAUGUCUUUUGCAUUUGCCUUUUUUUUUAAAAAGUGCGGUAAUUCAUCAAAGUACUCGCGAAAAUGUGCAUUUUACUGAGUUUGUUCACUCACACAACAAGAUUUCGAUGGUUUUGAGAGGGAGAUCCGAGAAAGCAUAGUGAAUUCCUGUCUGAGACCAGACCGACCGGCCCGUUAAGGCUUUGUCGAUUUUUUGGUCGUGAAAAAACAACGGAGCCGAAGCUUUUGUGCGGAAAGUCAGUUGGACGACUGGAAAAGACCGAUACGACGAAAAGCAGUGUACCUAAGUGCGCGUACGGAAACUCGAGGUGACUCCUUUGUAAAAGGAGCACCGCAGGACGAAUAUUUUCACUGGAGCUCUCGGGAAAAUGUGUUAUGUAUUUACGUGGAAUAUUGCGUAACGUCGAGGGCCGGGAAGUGUUUGGAAACGUGCAACACUGACAAACCUCGCUUCGACGACUUCGCAGUACGGCCUGUACGCGUCCGUGCAGCUGGCUUUACCGGCUCUAUUUCGUCUCCUCUGUCCCAGCGAAAUUCCCCUCGCGAGGCCGAUACCGCGAUCGAAAUUUUCCGAACGAAGAAACUCCACCGACGCUCGUAUCUCCUCGUGGAACAGCACAAACUUUCCUUGCAAUCAACUUCAUUUCAACUUCGACCACUUGCUUCUGGAUAACUUCUCUCGAAAUUCUCUGGUGCAAGGACGUUCAACUUCUUUUCAAAUGGAAAUUGCAUUUCCAAUGUGAUCUGCGAUGAAACGUGUUCGCGGGCUGGACGAGGUAGCAUCACCAGCAGCAGCAACAUUAAAGCACUCGUCAGUGAGUGCAGGAAGUGGCUUAGGUGGCGGAGGAGGUGGUUUGGAGUACCAUUCAAGCAGUGGAAUAGGCGUUGUUGUACCUGGCCAAGCAGUUCGAUCAGUUGCUUCGAAAGAAAUGCCGGGAAGCAUACAAUUUGGAACUGCCCAAGCUCAACAGCAAUAUACUGGAGCAAUUGUAGUGCCGACCGCGGCCCCGUCCCCCAUUAAGGGAAGUGGAUCUGCAGGACUUACUUCUACAUGUGGCAGUAGCAAUGUAAAUACUGGUGGAGGGUUACAUGGUGGAAUAGGUGGUGGGAGUAACCAUAGUAUGGGUUCUCAACAGCCUACACCAGGAACGCAAAGUCAAGUUCAUAGCCAACAGCAACCAACGAUAAGGCAUAAGGUUCAUUCUGGUAAUGUAACACCAUUAGCUUCUACCCCACCAGGCACUAGCCUAGGUGGCGGCAGUGGGUCUCAACAAUUUCAGAGAUUAAAGGUUGAGGAUGCAUUGUCUUAUUUGGAUCAAGUAAAGUACAAAUUCAGUGAUCAGCCUCAGGUGUAUAAUGAUUUCUUGGACAUUAUGAAAGAAUUUAAAUCGCAAAGCAUAGAUACACCAGGAGUAAUAACGAGAGUGAGCCACUUAUUUAAAGGCCAUCCUGAACUUAUUGUUGGAUUCAAUACCUUUCUUCCACCCGGGUAUAAAAUAGAAGUGCAGGCAAAUGAGCAGGGAUAUGCAUUUCAAGUGUCAGUUAGUAUGCCAAGCCCAACAGCAACGCAUACUGCUACUUUGUCACAACAUCAUUGCACUGUAAAUGUUGGUUCGCCUCCUGUUGCAAGUCCACCAACACAACCAGCAAAAGCUCCUCCAGUUUUACAAAUAAUGUCUGGGAACAUACACCAUUCACUGGCAAAUAAUAUUUCCAAUAAUAGUUUAACAGUACAUGCACCUUCACCACCACCAGUACAAGCAUAUAAUAAUUCACAUGUUAGUGCAGCUCAAGCACAGGCUGUGAGUCAAGCGUUAAGUCAAGCCCAAGAUGGCAUGCCAACCAGUGGGCAAACUCAACAAAGUCAACCAGUUGAGUUUAAUCAUGCGAUUAAUUACGUUAAUAAAAUUAAGAAUCGAUUCCAAGGUCAACCAGAUAAAUAUAAAAGAUUUUUAGAAAUUCUGCAUACUUAUCAGAAAGAACAACGAAAUUUAAAAGAAUCAGGGCACAUGGGCGGCACAAGUGGAUCUGGUGCAUCUGGUGGUGCAAAACAUUUAACAGAAGCAGAAGUAUACAGUCAAGUUGCUAAGUUAUUUGAAAAUCAAGAAGAUUUGCUCGCUGAGUUCGGACAGUUUUUGCCAGAUGCAACUAAUCAACAGAGUUCGUUGAGUAACAAGACUGCUACAGUUAAUGACCAUACAACAAUCGUUAAAAAACCAUUGGGACCUAAAGCACCUUAUAAUAAUUCGGGAAAUAUUUCGAGAGAUCUUCGAGAGUCAAGCGGUACUAGUACAAUAGAACGUGAAAGUCGCGAUCAUAGAGAUCGUGAACGAGAACGAGAUAGAUCUGGUAUACGUGAUAUUAAUAAUGUACAGAAAUUUGGUCACAAUACGGGACAAUUGAAAAGAAGUCCAUCGUUUUCGCCUUCAGUAACAGCCGGAAACUCACAUCAUAUACAACAUGGACCACCACCUUUAAAAAAGCAUAAAGUGUCAUCUAUGCGUGAAUGUGUUACCAUAGCAGAAGCUGGAAAAUACGGUAGUCUGAAUGAUUAUGCUUUCUUCGAUAAAGUUCGUAAAGCGUUGAGGUCGCAAGAAGUAUACGAAAAUUUUCUCAGAUGUUUGGUUUUGUUCAAUCAAGAAAUUGUUUCGAAAUCUGAAUUGGUGCAAUUAGUAACGCCAUUUCUCGGUCGCUUUCCUGAACUUUUGCGGUGGUUUAAAGACUUUUUGGGCCAUCUACCUGAAUCUUCUAACACCAACACAACAAAUACGAGUAGCAAUUUAAAUAUUGAAGCGCUACCAAAUAAUGUCGUACGAAGUCAUCAAGACAGACCGCAAGGCGAUCUAGCGAUGGAAAUUGAUUACACAGCAUGUAAACGUCUAGGGGCAUCAUACUGCGCGUUACCAAAGUCCUACGUUCAACCAAAGUGUACAGGAAGAACGCAGUUGUGUAAAGAAGUUCUUAAUGAUACAUGGGUUUCCUUCCCGACUUGGUCCGAAGAUAGUACAUUCGUAACAUCUAGGAAAACACAGUAUGAAGAAUUCAUUUAUCGGUGCGAGGAUGAACGAUUUGAGUUGGAUGGUGUAAUAGAAACUAACGCGUCAACGAUCAGAGUUCUUGAGGGUGUCCAUAAGAAAAUGAGUAGAAUGAGCCAAGAAGAACUUCAAAAAUUUAAGCUCGACGAUUGUCUCGGUGGUUGUUCACCUACAAUUCAUCAGAGGGCCUUGAAAAGGAUAUAUGGCGAUAAGGCUGCUGAUAUUAUAGACGGUCUUAAGAAAAAUCCUGUUGUGGCGGUACCCGUGGUUCUUCGUCGACUAAAGAGCAAAGAAGAGGAAUGGCGGGAGGCACAAAAAGGUUUCAACAAAAUUUGGAGGGAACAGAAUGAAAAGUACUAUUUGAAAUCCUUGGAUCAUCAAGGUAUCAAUUUCAAGCAGAACGAUGUGAAGGCCCUAAGAUCCAAAAGCCUAUUUAAUGAGAUUGAAACGUUAUACGAUGAGAGACACGAGCAAGUAGACGAUGGCAAUGGGGACGGUCAAAAUAAUAGUGGCCCGCACCUUGUAUUACCUUAUAAAGACAAAUCUGUCCUAGAUGAUGCAGCUAACCUUCUUAUUCAUCAUGUAAAACGUCAAACGGCCAUCCACAAGGAAGACAAGCAACGAAUAAAGCUUUUGUUGAAGCAUUUUAUACCUGAUCUUUUCUUCCAUCCACGCCAGGAAUUGAGUGAUGACGAAAGAGACGAAGAUGAUGAAAAGGAAGAUCUUAAUGUAGCAGCGUGUAGUAAUUCUCAGUCAGUAACGAUGAAUACCUCUCCGUUGGGCGGUGGCCUCCAAGCGAAUAGGAAUAAGGCGCCGGUAUCUCCGAUUCCGUCUUCCACAUCGAUUAAAACCGAACCUGAUAUCAAAGUACCAAUCCAUGCCAUGUCGAAUGAUCCCGAGGAAGCGUAUACGCUCUUCAUGGGCAGCAACAAUUGGUACCUUUUUUUAAGGUUACAUCAUAUUUUAUGUGAAAGAUUAACGAAAAUGUAUGAUCGGGCUGUGGCCCUUGCUGAAGAGGAAUCACGAUACAAACAACAACGCAAGGAGAGUACAGCGGUCGCAUUACGAUUAAAGCCUAAAAAUGAAAUUGAAAUCGAGGACUAUUAUCCUGCAUUUUUGGAUAUGGUUAAAAAUGUCCUAGACGGUAAUAUGGAAAGUACCGCCUACGAGGAUACCUUGCGAGAAAUGUUCGGUAUUCAUGCAUAUAUCGCUUUUACGUUAGAUAAGGUUGUAACGUACGCUGUGAGACAAUUGCAGCAUUUGGUCUCAGAUCCUAUAUGCCAGCAAUGUAUGGAAUUAUUCCAGCGAGAGCAACGCCAACCAAAAGAAAAUAGUGGUGCAGGUGGUUUAUGUGCUACGGCAUAUAUGAGACUCGGUGCAGAAAUGUCUUAUCAACGUAAAGCAGAGAAAGCUAUGGCUGACGAAAAUUGUUUUAAAAUAUACAUUUAUAAGAAAGACUGUAAAAUGACAAUGGAAUUGUUGGAUACGGAAGGUGAUGAGGCGCUGGACAACAGUUGUAGGGAAAGAGAAAGGGAAGGAGUUACGGUAUCUGAAAAAUGGUCUACAUAUGUUGAGAGGUUUUCUGCUCCAGCUGGUCAGACUAGCCCGAAAGACACCCCUACCUUAACAGACAAUGAGCCAACAACCAAUCAUCCUGUGAGUAACGACCAGGCAGCAAGGGGGGGGAGGGGCAGAAAGCGCAAGAACACUGACAUUAGCAAGAAGAUGGAUGGAAAUGGUUGGAGUUCUUUAGGCAGAAUCUUGGCAGGACGUAAGCCCGUGUUUCUUUACCGUAAUGUUAGACAGUGGAGGAAAAGAGCUGCAAGAAUGAUGUCGGCAUCUGUACCUAAUGCCAAUCAUCCUGAAAAGGGUGCAGAGUCAACGGAUAAAGAAAAAUUAGAUUCUGUAGAUGCACUCCUGAAACGGCCUCCUGGUUUAAGAUUAGCGGAUUCUGCGGAUACAUCUGACAUUAUCAAUUCUGAUGAAACGCAGUGCAGAUUUAAUCCUAACAGUUACCAAAUGCUCUAUGUUGCUAGUAAGGAAGCAUUCCUGUAUAAACAGAAUUCAUUCAGCCGUGCCAGAGAGUGUCAUCCAACCGUGACAAAACACUUAAACUCGAAGUUUCAUCAGUGGUUGACGUCUUGGGCAUCUAAGAAUGUCGCGGACGUUCAGCACCGAUUAUGUCAGGAUUGGUUAAUGGGACAUUAUGAAAACUUAAUUCCUCACAAGACACGAGUGAUCACGGACAAUGAUCAAACGAGAUCUCCUUACCGACAAUACAAUCGUUAUCGAGUGGAACGCUUGCAACCCGAUCUUCUGACGGAAUCAUGUGUAUAAUCAUACGUCUCUUAUAAUUUCUUUACCAUUCUUUGAGAACACACUGAGAGCUCGUUUCGGUAAUCUCACAUUCAUAUUUUCUGUUUAAAAAAAGAAAAAGAAAAAAAAAAGAAUAGUUAAGAAAGAGUUAUCACGGUUGAAGGCAAAAUUAAGACUGAUUCUUGAACUAUAUUGCGCGCACGUACAACGAGAGAACGUCUUAUUUUGCCAACAAAGUUUAUCGCGAACGAAGAAGGUGCAGAAGUGGUCGUUAAAAAAGAAAGUAUCGAAGACUAUAACGAAUCGUCUAUACAUUGUGUACUACACAUAUUACAUUAAAUUUUGACUAAAUUUGGUUC